CUCGCUUUCAGCCUUCAGGCUGCUCGCAUCUCUAACAACGCGACCCGGACUCUUAUCUAAGGCGUUGGUGGGUCUUGAUCCCAUCCAUCCGGUUCUCCGCCUGGACUCCGUGCAGAGGGGAUGAGGUUUCGUCCUCGCCCCUUCGGCCGGUCGGGUGAUUUUACAGCAAGAUGCUGCUCUCCAUCGGGAUGCUCAUGCUGUCGGCCACACAAGUCUAUACCAUUUUGACUGUCCAGCUCUUUGCAUUCUUAAACCUACUACCUGUAGAAGCAGACAUUUUAGCAUAUAAUUUUGAAAAUGCAUCUCAGACAUUUGAUGAUCUUCCAGCAAGAUUUGGUUAUAGACUUCCUGCUGAAGGUUUAAAGGGUUUUUUGAUUAAUUCAAAACCAGAGAAUGCCUGUGAACCCAUAGUACCUCCACCGCUAAAAGACAAUUCAUCUGGAACUUUCAUCGUGUUAAUUAGAAGACUUGAUUGUAAUUUUGAUAUAAAGGUUUUAAAUGCACAGAGAGCAGGAUACAAAGCAGCCAUAGUUCACAAUGUCGACUCUGAUGACCUCAUUAGCAUGGGAUCCAACGACAUUGAUGUGCUAAAGAAAAUUGACAUUCCAUCUGUCUUUAUUGGGGAAUCAUCAGCUAAUUCCCUGAAAGAUGAAUUCACAUAUGAAAAAGGGGGCCACAUUGUCUUAGUUCCAGAAUUUAGUCUUCCUCUGGAAUACUAUCUAAUCCCCUUCCUUAUCAUAGUGGGCAUCUGUCUCAUCUUGAUCGUCAUUUUCAUGAUCACAAAAUUUGUCCAGGAUAGACACAGAGCUAGAAGAAACAGACUUCGUAAAGAUCAACUUAAGAAACUCCCUGUGCAUAAAUUCAAGAAAGGAGAUGAAUAUGAUGUAUGUGCCAUUUGUUUGGAUGAAUAUGAAGAUGGAGACAAGCUCAGAAUCCUUCCUUGUUCCCAUGCUUAUCACUGCAAGUGUGUAGACCCCUGGCUAACUAAAACCAAAAAAACCUGUCCAGUCUGCAAGCAAAAAGUUGUUCCUUCUCAAGGCGAUUCAGACUCUGACACAGACAGUAGUCAAGAAGAAAAUGAAGUGUCAGAACAUACCCCUUUACUUAGACCUCUGGCAUCUGUCAGCACCCAGUCAUUUGGGGCCUUGUCAGAAUCCCGCUCACAUCAGAACAUGACAGAAUCUUCAGACUACGAAGAGGAUGACAACGAAGAUACCGACAGCAGUGAUGCAGAAAAUGAAAUUAAUGCACAUAGCGUUGUAGUCCAGCUGCAACCUAAUGGUGAACGGGAUUACAACAUAGCAAAUACUGUUUGACCUUUAGAGCGUGAUUGGGUUAUUUCCUAAUAAAUGUUUAUUUAGGUAUAUAAUUUGAUUUUUUGCUCCCUUCAGAGAUUCCUGUAGAAAUAACUUAUUUUUUAGUAUUCUACAGUUUAAUCAAAUUACUGAAGCAGAUUUUAUUGAUCCGGUAUUUAUCUGCAGGAGUACAACUUCAUUUCACUGAUAACUAGUAAUAGACUGGUGCUGUAAUUCAAGCAUCAAAUCAACUCUUCUGGAAUGAACUAUAGCCAAAACAUUAAAAAAAAAA